AUGGCUGUUGGUUGGAUCAACGUUUGCCCGGAAUAUCCAAAAGAUGUCGAGAGGGUCAAGGACGAACGUAUUAAAGCAUUCUUCAACAUCGCACCUACAGGUGCAAGACCGUGCAACUCCCAAAAUCCAUCGCCAAACUCAACGCAGCAAGACGAGCUAAAUCAUAUGGAGCAGGACGACAGCGGCGAUCUGGGUCGGCCGACAAGACUCUCCAUCGCGCCAAAUGGCAGCAAGGUGGCAUACCAGAUUCGAAAAAGAGCAAGAAGAGUCAGGGCAACGGAAACGGGGGAAGGAGUGGAAAUUGGGGAAACAACGGAAACAACGGAGGCUGACACCAGCGAGUGGACUUUCACAUCCAGCAUCUGGAUGGCCUACGCGGGCAAACAACACUCGGCGCGACGCGUUACGGACGGUUCAUUUGACGACCGCUCGCCGAAAUUGUCCCGAAAAGGAGGCUAUAUUGUGUUCAUGUCGGACCGGGGUCCAUUACGCUCGGAAGAUCAAAUGUACGCGGUGUAUCACCAUCGGCUUAACAUCGACGAGCUGCCAACGCCUCUUGAGUGCCAUUAUCCCUUUACUCAAUUUACCCUAUCCCCUUUCGGGCGAAUCGUCAUUGUUUCACAGCACGCGCCAUAUGCCUGGGAUCAGUGGUUCACUGGUGGUGGUAGAUAUAAUGCCACCAUUCACGGGCACGGAUUGGUGACGGCCGUGGCGGCGCGAGUGGUCUCAAAUCGAAAGUAUGGGCAGCCUGCCACGCCGCGAGAUGGCCACACCCGCGAUGUGGCUUUUCUGAGUCACUACAAGACCAACACAGAGCCUACACAGACCACAUCAUAUAUCUCGCUGGGUGGUGACAACCGGAAACCGAAGCGCAUCUCAUUGGCCACACAGCCUUAUGAUCAUGCGUUUCCGUUUGAAAUCGCCGACCUUGCAUGGGCGGGCACGACGCUCUACAUUCUGUCUAAAGAUGCUGGCUACGGUACGAACAACAACAACAACAACAACAACAACAACAACAACAACGCGGCAUCCUCUUCGUCAACCCCCCAAUCGACUCGGAAACCGACCAUCUACCGUCUCGAUCAUGUCGACGAUGUCGAAUUCACAUGUACAGAGGUAUAUGGGGCCGGGGAGGAUGAUGAUUACGUUGCUGGCAUCAGCGGCACGCGGGAUGACCUGCUCGUCCACACGCGCACCGAGGCAGGAGACAAACUGAGUUUGCUGCUCGCGGGUCGCACGGUUUGGCAGCAACAGGAAGCCAUUCUUGAGGCAGUCGCUGCCCGACGCAAAGUCAAAAUGCCCAACAGUAACGAAAUCGACUACAUGAUGACCGUUGUAGCCGUGAUCUCGGCAGACGGCCAAGUGUACUCUGCCAAGAUCAAGGAAAAAAUAAAGGAUAAGGCAAAGGAUGAGGUGGAGGAUGAGGUAAAGGAUGAGGUAAAGGAUGAGGUAAAGGAAGAGGUAAAGGAAGAGGCACAGGAAGAGGCAAAGGAAGAGGUAAAGGAUGAGGUAGAGGAUAAGGCCCAGGACCGCGACUCGGUCAAGUCCGAUAGCACCAUCAGUACGAUUCCAGCCAAGAAAGUACAACUUUCCAACCACGAUAGAGAUGGUUCACCACCGAUCGCACUUGAAGCAUCCGAGGCCACGCAUUAG